UAAGGAAUCGAUUCAACUAGAUGCAUGCAAUAUCUUUUAUAAAAUACUAGAAAAUACCAGAGUUGGGACACGAUGCGUAAUAAUAAGGUAAAAGAUAAAAAGAGACACAUACAGAUAAGAACCGCCAUUAUUUGGUUGACCAACCAACGUGAUCCUGAUCCAAAAAUAAAAUAUAAAAAAAUAAUGAUCUUACACCUACAGAAAGUACAGGUGACGGCAUAAGCAGUUCCACGUGUAAAUUCCACUUCACUUUUCUGCCACGUCAUAACUUAUGCUUGCUGGGUUUUAUUUCAUUCAAACUCAGCUUCUGCUACAAAGAUCAAUUCAGUGAGAUAGUCUCACGGAGUUAAAAGACCAUGAAACCCAUCUUCUUUGUUUCUUUUCUUCUCUAUUUUCUUGUUUCUUUAUCCCGUGCUACACCCGACCACCAUGAAGACACCGGCAACGGUGGCAGCAGUAUCGUUUUCACCUCACUUGGAAGAUUAGACUACCAAUUCGACAUCUUCAGCCUACCCAUUUCGAAAUUACCAGCAUCUAAACCCCGUGAAACCAAAAUCACGGAUGGCCAAUCGGUGAAUUUCAACGGCCACUUUCCCUCUUCAUCGUCUUCGUCAUCCUCUCAAACUCUUAUUCAAAUUGCGGGACCACCUGAACCACAGCCUCUGCGGCUGGUCUACGUGACAGAGAGAAAUGGGUUUUCUAACAUAUACUACGAUGAGGUUUAUUAUUAUGAUGAUCAUGAUCUUGAAGUUUCGGAUCGAGUUCAGUUCCCUUUAUUGGAAUUGGGAGAGAAAGAGCAGCGGAUUUCCAUGAAAGACAGGCCCAGCUUGGUCGGAGAUUACUUGGUCUACGUCUCGACUCAUGAGGACUCGGGCGAGCCCAGAACGAGUAGUGCCGCUGUAUACUCGACCGAGUUGAAAUCGGGCGUGACUCGGAGAUUGACGCCGUACGGAGUGGCUGAUUACAGCCCUUCGGUUUCUCCUUCUGGGAAUUGGACCGCGGUGGCUUCGUACGGUGGAAAAGGAUGGCACGGUGAGAUUGAGGAACUCAGUACGGAUAUCUACGUUUUCUUGACUCGGGAUGGGACUCGGCGAGUCAAGGUUGUUCAACACGGUGGGUGGCCGUGUUGGGUGGACGAGUCGACUCUGUAUUUUCACCGCAGAGGUGAAGAUAUGUGGUGGAGUAUAUACAGAGCGAUUUUGCCGGAAACGGGUUCGCUUUCUACCAGGUCGGUCAUGAUUGAGCGGGUCACUCCACCGGGUCUCCACGUCUUCACUCCGGCGACAUCGCCUGGGAACAAGAACUUCAUCGCCGUAGCGACGAGAAGACCCACUUCUCAGUUUCGCCACAUAGAGCUCUUCGACCUUCGGCGCAACGAGUUCAAGGAGCUGACCCAUCUCGUCUCGCCGAAAACUCACCAUUUCAACCCAUUCAUCUCGCCGGAUUCAUCCCGGGUCGGGUACCACAAAUGCAGAGGAAAAGAAGAUGGAAUUGAAAGCUCCACUAUCCUAUUCCUUCAGAACCUCCCAAGUCCAAUCCAAGACGUGUCUCUCUUCGCAUUUGAUGGUCGGUUUCCUAGUUUCUCACCUGCAGGUGAUCGUAUUGCUUACGCGAAAUUCCCAGGUCUUUUCGUUGUUGAUCUUGACGGUCAGAACUUGCGCAAGGUGUACGAUGGAAAUGCGUUCUGCACAGCAUGGGACCCAAUACGUAAAGGUGUCAUCUACACCAGCGCAGGACCCAAUUUUGGCUCAGUUGAUACGGAGGUUGAUAUCGUAUCCAUCAACGUUGACGAUGUUGACCAUCCAACUAUCAACAAGUUGACCACCAACGAUCAAAACAAUGCUUUCCCUUCACCUUCACCCGAUGGUAAAUGGAUCGUCUUCAGAUCGGGUCGAACCGGGUAUAAAAACUUGUACAUCAUGGACGCUGAGAAGGGAGAGAGGAGUGUGCUCCAUAGGCUAACCGAUGGUCCAUGGUCAGACACUAUGCCUAAUUGGUCACCAGACGGUGAGUGGAUAGUUUUUGCUUCGGAUCGGCAUGACCCGGGUAAUGGGAGCUUUGAAUUGUACUUGAUCCACCCGAAUGGAACUGGGUUUAGAAAAUUGGUACAAAGCGGGUCACGUGGGAUAACCGCCCACCCGUGGUUCAGCCCGGAUGGGAAAAGAAUAGUAUUUACAUCAGAUUAUGGGGCAAUAUCAGCUGAACCAAUCUCAAAUCCACUUCAAUAUCAGCCUUACGGUGAGAUCUUCACGAUUAAUUUGGACGGCUCUGAUAUAAGAAGAAUGACGCAUAACUUUUACGAGGAUGGGACCCCUGUUUGGGUUGGGAAACACAUCAAGGCCGUUGAUGUGGUAUGGCCCGAGGAUAUGCCUGCAUGCGAUUUUGAGGAUUUGGACUGGCUCAAUAAGAUGCCAAGCCAGGGGUUUGAGGCUAAAGCCAUGAUGAUUAAGAUGAUUAAAUGUGGUGGGUCGCUGUAGUCGUUCAUUUUUUUUUUUUUUGUUUACUUUUUUUUAACACUUCUUAGUUAUUAUAUUUCAAGUGAGUAUAUUUAUUUUUAUUGGCCAUGAAAGUAUAAAAAUAUUUAAAAAUUCCAUGUUUAAUUUUUGGGACUGUGAAAGAAUUAGUGUACAAUAAUCUUAUUUGUUUGGGUCUGAAGUGUACAAUAAUUUUUAAAUACAACAUACGUAGAUGUGUUUAUAUGUAUGAGUAAUAAUAUGUUGGCUUAAAUAAUUAUUGCAAUGUAAAUUCCAAUCAAUGCAAAAUAAAAAAUACUUUAUUUUAUUUUUA